GUUAUUUAGGAAAACUCCAAGGUGAUUUAGAGAACAAGCACAGUUCAGGGAUUGCAUGGAAUAAAUAAAGCAUGGAUUAGACAUACAAGUAUCCAAUGCAGCAGUAAAUUUAUAUACCAGGUCCAAGUCCACCAUAUAUACAUUGCAACAUACACAAAGUCCAAAAACACAGACACCAUAAUGACUGUACCAAAACACGGUGAGUAUGUCUGUGACUGAAAUAAAUGCAAGGACUAAAUAGACUAUAACCAGGGGCGAGUGGUUCACAAGGCGCGUUGGGGUACUGAAUGUCUGCAAAGGAUUAUUUGGAUCACACCACACGAUAUGGACCCCUGAAACACUGUUCUGGAUGGCUACAUUUUGCUUUUACAUUGAAAUCCAGAUUGCUGGGCUUGUGGGCCAUUGAGAAAUGUCAAUUGGUAUCACUGGUUUGCUAUUGAGCAGUACUUUUAGAGGGAAUUCCCAUGUGGGUCGGUGAGUUUGGGCGAGGAUGAGGAAAGGAGAGAAACAUGGUGGCCAGAAGAAGAAGAAGACGGCUAGAGUCAAGAAGGUUCUUAUGAACAAGAAGGUGGGAGUGUGGUGUAGAACAAAGAGUGGUGUAAUAUGUUUACCCCAGCCUAGUGCAGUUUGCUCUGGGAUUAGGACCCGUACUGCCUGCUCCGUUCCUCAGGAUGAAGCAUCAACAAUUAAAGAUCAUGAGUUCAUAUCAUGGCUACGGAAGAAGGCAGGGCUUGAAGUUUGCUCAUCACUCACAGUAGGGAUGUCUUAUCAUGGCAGGUCUUUGUUUUCUUCUCGCCCCAUACAAGCAGGUGAACGCAUUAUGCAAAUUCCUCACAAUCUUUUGAUCACCCCAGAUAAGCUACCUAAGGGAGUUGUAACUUUUUUGGGAAAAGAUGCUAGCAACUAUGCUCGGCUUGCUUUAUUUAUUUUAGCAGAACAAAAGCUUGGCCAGAUGUCUGAAUGGGCUCCAUAUAUUCACUGCCUUCCUCAAAUGGGUACUCUUCACAGCACAGUAUUUUGGACUGAGGAGGAAUUAGAGAUGAUUCGACAAAGUGCUGUCCAUCGUGAGACAAUGCACCGUAAAGGAAGCAUUAAAAAGGAAUUUGGUGCAGUUCAACAAGCUUUGCAUCAUUGCCCUCACAUCUUCGGAGAUGCAACAUUUGGAAGCUUCAUGCAUGCCUAUGCUUUAGUUGGGUCACGUGCCUGGGGAAUUACUUCAAAGGGCCUAGCACUGAUACCAUUUGCUGACUUCUUCAAUCAUGAUGGAAGCUCUGAAGCUGUCUUACUGAGUGACGAAGAUGAGAGUUUUUCAGAGGUAAUUGCUGAUAAAGACUAUGAAUUGGGUGAGCAGGUUUCAAUUAGUUAUGGAAAAUUUUCAAAUGCAACUUUGCUACUUGACUUUGGUUUCACACUUUCCCAUAAUCGACAUGACCAGGUGGAGAUUUGGAUGGGCUUAUCACGAAGAGAUCCAUUGCGCAAAUGCAAGAUAGAACUUCUGCAUUCACACAAUAUGCUAACCUUGCUCGAUGCUAAUGGUUAUGACACUGGUGGAAAUUCUUUUAUCAUUAAGGAAGUGAGAUCUCCAACUGGACGAGGGAAGGGCAUUCCUCACUCGCUAAGAGCUUUUUCUCGUGUACUGUGUGCUUGUUCAACCAAAGAACUGGCAGAAAUGGCUACAGAAGCAGCUGCUUAUGAUGGUAGGUUGGCUCGCCGACCAUUAAAAAAUAGAAGUAGAGAGAUACAAGCUAUGGCUUUGCUGCUUGCACGGAUUGAAACAUUGAUUCAACAGCAUGUAGCUUCUAUCUUGACUUUGCAGUUUAUGGAAUCCUGCAAAGUAAAGGACAGUCAGCUGCACAUUCGGCAUGAGCUUGCACAAUCCCUGCUAGGUGGAGAAUUGCGUGUCUUGCAAUCUGCUUCUGCAUGGCUUAAACACUACUGCACAACUUUAUCUUUAAGAAAGCAGAUUUGAUGGUCAAUUCAUAUUUUUUCAUAUGCAGAGAAGGCUCUCAUCUUUAGCACACGCAUGUUCACCAUUUUAAUGCAGAGUGGUACUUAUUUUUGUUGAAGUGAAUCUUUGGUUAUUAUCAUUGUAUUCUUAUCAAUGAAUGUGGUGAUUGUGCCUUAUGCGAAAUGAGUGAUGUUAGCUGUUGCAUUUUGCUGAUGUCAA